AUCGGACACCUUCAGCACAACAAAGCAUGUGUCGCUUCGCAACAUUGUUUCUCCUCUGAACGUGCGGAAUAUAGGAUUUUGUCGGAUUUUGUGCUGUUUGCUUUCCCAUCGAUGCUAAUCCAAGAUGGCUACCAUGACAACAGAGGCAAGCGCAGUGAGCGAGGCGGACAAAGAGGGCAAGCAGAAGGCCAGCAGCGCCGAGCCCGAACCCGAACCGGAGGACAAGCAGAAGCCAGAGGCGGCUGCGUCUGAGCCGGAGGGGGAGCAGUCGAGCAAGAAGGCCCAGGAGCAGGCCUCUGAGCCUGGGCCUGCUGACGUAGCUACCUCCCCUGAGGAGGAGCAGCUAAAGCCUCGUACCCGAACCUCUGCUGGCAAAGGCCUUUCUCGCCUCUUCUCCUCUUUCCUCAAACGCCGCUCACAGUGCUCCGAGGGAGAGGGGUUUGAGGCAGAGAAAGCCAAGGAGGAGAAGGCUGACAAAGAAGAAAAAGCUGACAAGGCAGAAGAGGAGAAGCAGGAAGAGGUGAAAAGUGAAGAAGAGCAGGCUAAACCAGAGGUAAAAGAAGUGAAAAAGGAGGAAGAGAAAGAACAAAAACAGGAGAAAGAAAAGGAGGAAGAAAAGGUUGAGAAGAGGGGCAGUAAAAAGAAAAAGAAAGACGCCAAGAAGAAAGGAGAGAAGAAGGAUGAGGAGAAAGUGAAAAGCGACGAGGAGAAAAAGGAAGAGGAGCAGGUGAAAAAAAAAGAGGAGCCAAAGGAGGAGGAGAAAGCACAGAAGACUGUAGAAAAGAAGGAGGAAAAAUUGGAGACAAAAGAAGAAGAAAAGAAGGAGACUGCUGAAGUGAAAGACAAGGGGGCGGAAGCCGAAAAGAAAGAGGGUAAAGAGGAGGAAAAGGUUGACAAGAAGGUUGCAAAGAAAAGAGAAAAGGAGGACAAGGUGAAGAAGAAGGAGGAGGAAAAGGCAAAGAGGAAAGCAGAGGAAGAAGAAAGGGCCAAGAAGAGAGAAGAAGAGAAAGCAAAGAAGAAACAAGAAGAGAAGGCGAGAGAGGCCGAAAAACUAAAAAAGAAAGAAGAGGAGAAGAACAAGAAGAAGGAGGAGGAGAAAACAAAAGACGAGAAGGCAAAAAAGAAAGAAGAGGAGAAACCAAAAGAGGAGCCAAAAAAGAAAGAAGACGACAAGGCGAAAGAGGAGGUGAAGAAGAAGGAGGAGGAAAAGGUGGACGAGAAGCAAAAGAAGGAAGAGGAGGGGAAGAAAAAAGAGAAGGGGAAGAACAAAGGAAAGAAGGAGGAGAAGGAGGCGAAAGGGCCAAGUGAGGAGCAGGUGAAAGCACCGAUUGCAGCUCCAGAGCCUGAGCUUAAAACGGAGCCAGACACUGAGCAGGCUCCUGAUCAGCACUCGAUAAGCAGCGGAGAGACACAGGUGAGCGUGACACUGACAAAUAUUACACCAUAA